AUGGAGGGACUGGUCCUGCUCAACGCUCUGGCCACCCGGCUCCUCUUCGUGCUGCACUCGCUGGUUGGAGUCUGGCGAGUGACCGUGGUGAAGAAGGAGCCGUGGUACUGGCUGCUGGCGCUGCUUAAUCUCUUGCUCUUUCUGGAAACGGCGCUGACCCUCAAAUUCAAGCGCGGCAGAGGCUACAAAUGGUUUUCACCAGCCAUAUUUUUAUAUCUGAUUAGCAUUGUUCCAUCAUUAUGGCUUCUUGAAAUGCACCAUGAAACCCAGUAUUGCAGUGGCCAAUCUGGAGGAUUGUCACAGAAUACCAGCAGAAAAGAAGACUUCAAUCAAACUCUCUUGUCAGCUGAACAUACCAACAGAGCAGAUGAUCUCAUUGAGACGGCCAAAGUUUUUGUAAAUAACUUAUCUACAGUAUGUGAGAAAGUCUGGACUUUGGGACUCCAUCAGACAUUCCUUCUAAUGCUAAUAAUUGGAAGAUGGCUUCUCCCCAUUGGAAGUGGGAUCACUCGGGAUCAACUCUCUCAACUUCUCCUUAUGUUUGUGGGGACAGCUGCUGACAUAUUGGAAUUCACAAGUGAGACCCUGGAAGAAGAAAAUGUGAGGAACAGCCCUGCCUUGGUCUAUUCCAUCCUUGUUAUAUGGACCUGGAGCAUGCUACAGUUUCCACUUGACCUGGCAGUACAGAAUGUCGUGUGCCCUGUGUCCAUGACAACCAGGGGGUUCUCCAGCCGGUUCUUCUGCCAAUACAGUGCCGACCUAUGGAACAUUGGAAUCAGUAUCUUCAUACAAGAUGGUCCCUUCCUUGUUGUGCGGCUCAUACUCAUGACCUAUUUCGAAGUGAUCAACCAGAUGCUAGUGUUCUUUGCUGCCAAGAAUUUCCUGGUGGUGGUGUUACAGUUCUACCGCCUGGUGGUGUUGGCCUUGGAUGUACGCGCUUCCUUGCGAAGUCAGCCGGAACGCCUGAAAGGAGAGCACAGAUGCCCGGAUGUACCUGCUGAGCGUGGGGUCUCACCUGAGGCCUGGCCAGGCAGUUCCAUGGAGGCCUUGGCUAUUCCUUUACAGGCCUCGCCAGUCACCUCCGAUGACUCCCACCCCACACCAUAG